AUGGUAGUAACCCACAGUCCUGAAACGGCACCGCAUGUUGUACCCGCCGCUGGCGCCAGAGCUGACGAGCUUCAGCCCGGCCAUCACUGGACUGGCCAACCCUUGAUUGAGGACGACACCGACUCAACACUGGGCGACGAUGCGGCCAGCUCUACUGCGUCCAUUGCAUCGACUAUCCUGCGGUACAGGACCGUUAAUGGCAGGACUUACCACAGCGAUAGUAUCGCAAGCAAUUCUUACUGGGGCGCCAAUGAUGAUGCCCAAAACGCUACGCUGGAUAUACAGCAUCAUGUGUUCGACCUACUCUUAGGCGGGCUCUACCUUGCACCCUUGCCGAAAACACUCGAUAAAGUAGUUGAUGUUGGAACUGGGACGGGAUUCUGGGCUAUUGAUUUUGCAGACCAGCACCCUGAAGCCACGGUGAUUGGCACCGACCUGUCUCCCAUUCAGCCAAAAUGGGUGCCACCCAACGUGCACUUCGAGAUCGACGACAUGACACAGCAGUGGACAUUCGAAGAGGACUCUAUCGACUUCGUCCACGGACGUUGGCUGACUGGCUGUGUGCCUGAUUACGCAGCCUUGUUCAAGGAGGCAUACCGUACCUUGAAGCCGGGUGGCUGGAUCGAAUCUAUUGAAUGUAACGCCUACCUUGAGACUGACGACGACUCCAUGCCAGAGGACUCGGCUUGCGCCCAAUGGGGCUACAUAUUUCGGGAGGGCGCCAAGAAAAUGGGCUCUACCGUCUCCUUCAGCGUUGUUCGCGACAAGCUGCAACGAAAGGACUUAGAGGCGGCAGGCUUUAUAAACAUCCAAGAGCGUCCGCUAAAGAACCCUAUAUCAGAGUGGUCGAAGGACCCAAAACUAAAAGAGAUAGGCCAGUUUACCCGACUCGCAUGGGAAAACGACCCGGAGGACUCCAUGACACUUGGAAAUGUCAGCCUGGAGAUUCAAGCUGGCGAGAAAUUCGGAAUCUGCGGUCGUAGCGGAAGUGGCAAGUCGUCCUUCCUCGCCACCAUCUUUCGCAUGCUCGACAUCCGAGGCGGCAGCAUUGAGAUUGACUCGGUCAACAUACAGACGAUCCCGCUCGUGGAUCUCGAAACCGAGAAGCUGAUGCAGGACAUCCUAAAGGAGGCCUUCCGAGAUUGCACAGUCAUCGCCAUCGCGCACAGGCUCGAUACUCUGAUAGAAUUCGACCGAAUAGCUGUCUUUGACAACGGCAAGGUCGAGGAAUGUGGGGCACCAAGAGACUUACUGGAGAAACAAGACUCGGCUUUCAAGAAGUUCUGGGCAGCGGCGUGA